CCCUUAAUAAUUAGACUAGCCACUAGACUGAUAAUUACGACAUUUCUAUGAUUUUUUUUCUUUUUUAUGUUCAUAGAGACAAAAGCCAGUCUAUUCUAGAGAUUUUCUAAGAGGACUGAUGUUAAAAUUGUAAUAUUGGACAUAGUAUAUAGACUGGCUCAGUUCACUACAUGAAAUCAUAAAAAUGGGGGAAAAAUUAUCAUAGUCUAGGAGCUAGUCUUCUUAAUAACCAUCAUAAAACUUCAACAUUUUUUUCAACUGGGUAUCAUACAGAAAAAUAAGUCCAUACACUGUGACUGUACAAUCAUACAUACAUUGAAAAAGGCUCGAUGAAAUGAUUAAAAAGUAGACUUUUCCUUAAAUAUAUGAUACAUUCAUGCAUCCUUAAAGGUGUUUCAGGUAGCAGGAAAAUGCAUCUAUUCAUGUGCCAUAUUAAAAAAUAAUCGCAACCCCAGGUUGGGCCCCCCCCCAGCAAAAAAAUCCUGCACACGGGCCUGAAAUGGUCGUAUGAAAAACAUACUUAAUGAGAAAUCAUAAAUAAAUUUCGUGUUGCCAUAGUCCCCUAGUCCACGAGAUUCAAUCCUAACAGUUAGGCGAUCUUUCGUUUCCUCUUAUCUCUAAAAUUUGAAAUUCACGAAUUUAUAUCUGCAUGAGAAAAGUUUGUUUUUGUUAUUUUGACAAAACCUAAACCGCUUAAAUGCCAAUGAAUUUAAUUGAUUUUAAAGUAUAACUGCACCAGGCCAAACUUUAUUAUUCAAAACUGAAUUCAAAUUUGUUAAUUUAAACUAGUGUAGUCAUUUUAAAUUACUUAUUUGGUUCUUAUGUUAAAUACUUCUGAAAACGACGAAGAAAAAGUACAUGAACCAUCUGUUUUCUUGCAUGUCAUGUAACUAUAAAUAAAUUGCUGAAAACAAAGUAUACUUAGUGCAAAUUUUUCAGUUAGAUGACAUGCGUGACAUGUGGGACUUGUUUUUAAAGUAAUUGUAAUAUUUCUCAUGAAACUUUGCACAAACACAUUAAGGUAUGUAUAAUUGAAUUAAUCUGCAUGAUUGUAUAAAAUGGUUUACGUUAAUUAAUUCUGUAAAUACUAGAGCGUAUAUGUUAUAUUCCUAUAAUAUAAUAUAUUUAGAUUCAUUGUGGCCAAACGUGUAACACGAACUGUCGUCUGGUAGAGCAGUACACGACACCAACAGUCUACUCUGACGUUAACGAUCAACCGAUGUCACAGGCAGAAACUCCUGUGACGUCACUAUCGGAUAUUAAAAAUAGUGACUGUACGAAACAAACCUGCUCUCAAUUGAUCUGCACCCUGAGCAACAUGCAUCCUACAACUAUGGCAUAUAUACAAAUGGAAUUUGAAAUAGAUUCUGAAAUCCAGACUGUAUUCAAGGAAGAAUCAGUUGAACUUAUUUCGAUUGCUAGUGUAGAGAUGGGUCAAGGCAAUAUUCAAAGUAGGCAGGUCAGUACGACUUUAAAAAGAAAAGUGAUAUCAUUCUUUAAAAAGGAAGUGCCAUGGUGGAUAGGGGUAUUGAGCGUUCUUGGGGGAAUCGUACUGUUGUCGCUGAUAAGCCUUGUACUCUGGAAGGUAGGCUUCUUUGAGCGAAAGUUGCGAGAUGAGUUAGUAAAAAGAAAGGCACAGAUACCAUAUUCAGGACAGGUAACUGGAAAAAUGCCGACCUUAUAUUCCGGUCAGGUAUCUGGAAAACGUGUUACUGAUGAGUCGGGACAAGUGUCUGGGAGAAAACAAACUGAUGACGCCGGACAGGUUUCAGGAAGAUGUCUUACGGUUGAUGGUGGACAAGUCACAGGAAAGAAGGAUAGAGCAAAGAAUUCCAAAAAUCUAACAGGACAGAAACCAACGAUUGAUUUUUCAGAUUGUGAUGGAUCUAUUCCCCUAAUGCAGCAAUAAAAUGUCAUUUGACAAUUCUAAUUAUAUAAUUGUGAUAUUAGGUAGCCGACAUUGGAGUUGUUUCCUCAGUAUCAAUACAGCUGAUGAUAAAAUGUGUUACCUUUUACAAAGGCAAGUAAAUAGAUAGAUAGACAAAUAGAUUUACUUCUGUGUACUAUGUACAUGAUGUACAUAAUUAUUCAUAACAAUAUAUAUAACAACGUUAACAUACAGAUAACAAUGAACAAGUAUGCAUGUUAAAGAAAGCCAUGUCAUAUACAUUAUAACACAAAGAAUGACACAAAAAAGAAAUAGAAAUCAUCUCUUAUUUCCAGUGUGGUGGUUGUGUAGUAUAAUAUGGUAUGACAUGGGAAGACAUAUCACAGAAAAAAGAGGAAGACUUACGACACAAUUCUUAGAUAUAAAAUCAUAAAAGACCAACAUUAUCACUGUAGAUGGAUAAAAAUAAGUAUUAUAUAUCAUCUAAUGUAUUAUUCUAUAUAACUGAUAUUGCUGAAUAAUGUGGUAAGGUAAGUUUACAAGUACGCUGCCUUGGCAGUCCAAGCGCGCAGUAAUGUACCUAAAAUUAAAUCGUGAAUGUAUGGUAUGAAUCUUACUAUGGUAAAAUCAUGCCAUGAAACAUCUUACAAAAAAUAUUCGUUUGUAUUUAUAGUAUUUCUGUUUACAGUAUUUUACAUGUCACUGAGCUUUUCUCUGUUUUAUAUAUCGAACAGUAUGUUAUCAAUAUGUGUGUAAGGGUUUCACCUAGCGGGAAUUAUGUUCAUUUAUACCGACUUGUAGCUUUGGAACAUGGUGGGAAUUUAGGGAAUGUGCACAUAUAUUAUAAUUAACCGGCUUAUAUAACCUUUGGUGUUAAGCCACUGGCUACACUUAAACGGUAGCCCGAUGUAUUCCUUUAUUUGUUUGUCUCGGUCUUGUCGAUACGUUUACUUUGUCUUGCCUUUUCGUGUGUUUGACUAAUACAUACUUACAUACAUACAUACAUACAUACAUAUAGGCAUAGGAAAAAGAGAUCAAUAUAAUUGCACCUUUACUAAUCCUACCAGGUGUUCUGUAUUACAAAAGUGCUAAAAAAAUCUAUUGUGACAUUUUGAUACAAGCAAAACUGUAUUAUCUGCACUAUAAAAUACUUACUGGUAUUUAAUUUUAUUAUCGGCUUGUUAAAAGUUAAUUUUUGCCAUAAGUAAGUUGACAAAAUCAUAGGAACCAGUGAUUCAGGGGUAAAUCAAACACAUAUUAAUAAAUCCUAAACGAUUUUGUUGUGCAAAAAUGUAUAAUAUUGUGUCUUAAACCGUUUUCGUUUUCUACUCUAUUGUGUAAUUGCAAGGGAAGUAAACUGAUAGAUAUAUCUGCUUUAAAGUACUAGCCCAAGGCAAGAGUUGACAUUCUUUGCAGAUCACAACUUUGAAUUAAAUAUUAAAAUUUCUGUUAUUGAUAUUAGCAAAACUAUCAUGCAUUGCACAUUUGUGAAAUCAUUUUUGUUAAUUUCAAGGACUUGGAAAUCAAUUUCUAGACUUUAUUUAAUGUAUUUCUAUCAAUGAAAGUGUUAGGGUCUAUAUCUAAUACAUACAUACAUACUGCUUAAGAGUAAUCGAUACGGUUUAUGGGGGUGAUUUUUAUUUUGAGCCUGACUUUUCCUUUAAUCAUUUUAUCUCUCACAGUUGUCUUUUUCUAUAAAAUGCAGAAUUAUUUUUUAUAAAGAUAAGUCCAAGACGAAUGGCGUAGACCUAAACAGAGAGGGCUUCUAGUAUGUAAUGUAUUUAUUAACUUUAUAUCCACAUAAGUGAUAUUAUUUUGCAUUUUAGUCAGGUGGUGCUGCUUCAUAGAUAUUUAUCUGACCUGUCUAAACACAUACGAAAACAGUGGUUUAUUCUGAUUUGUCUAACAGAACACAUACGAAACCAAUGGUGUAUUGAUAGCUAAAAGUGGUCCGUUGUAGACACGUGGAACAUCAUUAAAACUGAUGUUUGUUUGCGUUAUGAAAACUGUCAAAUGUUCACAUGCCCUUAGAGGCCUUGCUUUACAGAUUGUUGCUUUUGUUACCAAUACCAAUACGUACUUGGGCGGGAUGACAUUUUUACGCUGGUAUGUAAUUUUGGCAAAUGUUAUGGAUUAAAAGUGCUAAUUUGUGCUUAAUUGACCUUUUAAAACUACCAAGUGACGCUUUUGCCGCUGGCCGUUUCAAAGCGGUGCACAACCAUGUUCCCUAUCCUUAUUGUCUAUUUUGUUUUCUUUUGUCUGUAUUUUAUUUGUGUUUGUCUAUCAUUUGCACAUUCAUUCACAAGUACUUAAAUUUACUGCGGUAUAUAUUUGUUUCAUACAAACAUACGUAUAUACACUACGGUAGA